CCCGGCCCGGUUGGCCCGGCGAGAACUGCCAAUCCGCCUCACGCGCGGUCUCACGCUUCGAGCUAGCAAGCUCUGCAUCAGGUCCACAGCCGGCUCGGGAUCGCCAUGGCCACACAUAGAGAGGCCAAGUUCCCAGCGGAGCCGUACAUCGACCCGACCCCGCUGCCCAAGAGGGUACCCCAUGUGGCAGAAGUGGGAACGACCUCUGCGCCUCUCAAGUCGGCCUCCUUCUUCAUCGGAGCAGGUUGUGAGAAGUACAACGAUGACUUUAUGCUCUGCAAGGCCGAGAACAGGGAUCCUGAGCAUUGCCUCAAGGAGGGCAGGAGGGUGACUCGUUGCGUACAACACAUGAUCAAUCAGCUGCAGAUCAACUGUGAAGCCGAAUGGAACGCGCACUGGAACUGCUUAGAACGAGGCAACCAGGAGUUCUACAACUGUCGCGACUUAGAGCGACCGUUCAACAAAUGCGUCUUUGACAAGCUCAAGCUGAAGAAGACCAUCCCGGGAUCGCCGCCCGGGCAACCCCAAGUGCACGAGAAGCCAAACCAAGUCUACAAGCCGUUCCAAAACGUCAGAUCGUGGCAGCAUUGCUCCGCGGCACUGGCGAGACUAUCACGCCUGUUCAGCUUGGCGAGGCGGUCGCUCGUCAAGCUCUCGCCCCUGAAUGAGGCUGUCAUCAAGCAGCGCAUCAAACUCGUCAGACGACCCUUGCCCAUCCCUGCAGAGCUAGCAGACGAGCUACCCAUGACAAACGCUUCCAACGGUGCUCACAAUCUCUGGGGCAUCCAGUCUGCUUGUGGCAGGAGCUCAGAUACUCAUCCUGCUUUCUGGGUCGUCUUUGACAAUGCGCGCUACCUCUUUACGCCUGGCGAAUCGAUCGCACGAGCGACGACGGCGCAACGCAUAAGAGUCAAGAAGAUCAGGGCUUGCUUCUUGUCCAGACUGGAUCCAGAUGCUGCUUCGGGCCUGGCGAGCAUCAUACUGAAUGCGGCAGCGAGCGGGCAGAGCAAAUUGCAGAUCCACGGGCCGCGCGACGUUGAUCAUCUCAUUGCGUCUUACCGCUUGUACGUCAGACGCCCGGCACUCAGCUUGUCCGUGCACGAGCCAGAAGAACGAACAGACUCGCCCGCGAUAGCAUACCGAGAUGAAAAUGUCAUCGUCUACACACUACCGCUCUUGCCUCCCACAACCGAUUCGACCUCUGUUGCGCCACAGGAAGCGGCAGACGAGCAACAAGCAAAGCAAAAGCGACGAGCAGCGAUCGAUGACAUGUUCCGCGGUACAGAGCUAGACAGCCUCAAGCCCGUCUUUCGUACCGACGCCUCUACGUCUCGUGCAUCAUCUUCAUCGCAAGGAAAUCAGCAGGAACAGACGCCUGCUUGGUCUCACAUUCGCUUGCCAGCCCCCAAGGCUGUUGACCGUGGACCAAGCAGCUAUCUCAUUGUCGGACCUCGCCGUCCGGGCAAGCUGUCGCCUGGCAUGGCAAUAGCCAGGGGCAUCAAACCAGGACCGAUCUAUGCAAAGCUGAAAGCGGGCGAUCCCGUACAGAAUAACAAGGGAGAAUGGGUCGACCCGAUUGCAGAGGGUAUCGUCAGCGGUGGCGAGUCGCCAGGAGCAGUACUGAGCCUUUGCUGUCCCUCCCUCGACCAUCUGCCUGCAUUGCUCGCAAUCGACUUCCAGGCGCUCCUCGACCAGCAUCGCGCUGUCUUGCGCAUCGUGAUGCACGAUGUUGGCAAAAAGGUAGCAAAAGACAAGCGCUAUAUCGACUGGAAAGCAUCGUUCAAACCCGAUGUACUACACGUAGUAUCAAGAGAAGACGACACGACAGAUCACCUUCAGAUCACGAGCUCCGUACUCAACCAGCAUCGGCUGCAUCGUCUUGAUCCCGAUAUUUUCCCGCUGCCGUCCCAUACGCCUGGCAAUCCGAAACAACCAAAGUCGAUCUACUGGGAUAGCCAGGUCCGUCUUUCGGUCUCUGCCACACCUCGGGAAGGCUAUGGCACCGAUCUAGAGCAUUUGACGUCGCUGAACCACCCCAAUGAUUCGUCGGAGAUGACAUCCCUCGUGACCUUCUCUGCGAGAGCGGGCCAAACGCGGACAGAGAAGGAAGACAGCGAAUUGAAGGGUUUUCGCGAGUACGAGUCACAGAUUGCUUCCGCUCGCGAAAAAGUUGCGGCUGAAGCUGCUUUGCUCCGCACGCGUGAACUCGCGCCUGGUGACGAUAUUAUCGUGACGCCGCUGGGCACGGGCUCCGCUUCGGCUUCGCAAUUUCGCAAUUGCAGCAGUACACUCGUCCAAAGUCAAAAGGCCACCGUCUUGCUCGACUGUGGCGAAGGGACUUGGGGUCAGCUCUGUCGACGCUUUGGCAGAGUGGAAGCCGUCAAGAUCUUGCUCGAUCUUGAUGUCGUCUUCAUCUCUCAUGCGCAUGCGGAUCAUCACAUCGGUCUUGCCAGGCUGCUAUACGAACGGGCGAAGCGCAAACCUCACCUUCACAAGCCCAUGUAUCUCAUCUGUCCCUACUUUGCCGAGGUCUACACGAGCGAGCAGCAGUACCUGACCAAUCUCGGACUGAACGAUCACGGUGCAAAGUCUGUCAAGAUCCUCGAUGCAAUGUAUCUCAUCAAACCGUCCAGACGCGCUCAACCAUCGCACAACAACGAAACGGCCAGAUCAGAGCAGACGAGAAAGCUAGUACAAGCUCUCUGCGAAUCUGUGGGCUUCAAGUCCAUCGAGACGACCUUUGUCAGGCAUCGCGGUCGUUGCUACGGCAUUCGCUUCGAUUUGUCCGACGGUUCCAGCUUUGUCUAUUCGGGCGACACAAGACCCGCUGACAGCCUCGUGCAACUUGGUAAAGGAGCGACUUUACUUAUACAUGAAGCGACGAUCGACGACAGUAUGCCCGCCAUGGCUGCCGAGAAAGGUCAUAGCACGUUUGGACAGGCGAUGCAGGUCGCACGGAGUAUGGGCGCAAAGUACUGCCUCUUGACACAUUUCAGUCAACGCUAUCCGAAAUUUGUAAGCGUGACAUCUUCAGCAGAAUCUUCACAUGGUCCAGUCUUUGUGGAAGCUUUCGAUGGCAUGUCGAUCCGCCUGCAAGAUUUUUACAAAUGGAAGCAUUACCUCGAGCCCCUCGAAACGCUCCUGAGGCGUAUCGAGAGAGACGAAGAUGACGAAUCACCGCAUAUCGAUGACGAAACGGUGCCUACUGUUGACACGAUCGAGCCUGAGCCGGAGAUCCAGCCACGCGGUCGAAAGCCCAAAGCGAGAAAGAUAGGCGAACCUUCUCCAUCCAAGCAGGCCAAGAAAGCAAAACGCAGCAGCUCAUAGCUGGCUGGUGUUGUAGAUGCAAAUGCCGAUGCUGCUUGCAUGUUUGCUGAGGAUUACAAAGAUCAUCAGAAAUUAAAAGCGAGGUUCU